AUGGAGCACGGUCGACUCAAGGCACUCUUCAACGCCGAGGACCGCGAUAAUAAGAUAUCUCAGGCAUUUCAGGCGCGAAAGGGCCCUUCUAGAAAGCCGGUAGACCAGUCAAAGGUCGUAGCGUUCACCCAAGCCAGUGCAAGAAAGUCCAAAAAGGAGAAAGAAGAAGAAGCCGCAGAGGCAAAACGUAGAGAGCACGAACGAGAAGCUACACAGGUCUUUGAGGAAUAUGUCGCCGACUUUGCUACAGCGCCCCGUGCGAGAGGGGCAAUCGGAUUCGUGAAAGCCGGCGAAAGUGCAUCUGGUGUCAAAAUAUCGACGUCCAAAGUCUUUGAUGAUGACGUUGAAAUGAAAGCGAAUAGUUCUAUUGCUCAGAAACCCAAGGGAAAACGCGCAAUGGACGCAUUUCUUGAAGAAAUCAAGAGAGAUCAAGCCGCUCGUGAGCAGCGACUAGCAAGACAAUCUGCAGUGCACGGCUCUUCAAUAACCUCCCUGGCUGCAAUGGAAAUACAGGGAGGCAGUCGCGAUCGUGGUGACCCUGAAACUAGCAACCUAUUCGUAGCUCACCUCCCUGACGAUGUAACCGAGGAUAGACUCGGUGAGUAUUUCGGACAGUGUGGAGAGAUUACCUCUGUGAAGAUUAUGUGGCCGCGGGGGGAAACCGUAGGGGAUAUGUCUCGUCGCAGCAAAACCACUGGCCUCAGCGGAUUUGUCUCGUUUAAACGUCGCAAAGAUGCCGAAAUGGCAUUGCAUCGGCUGGAUGGUGUCACCUGGGGAGGCUCCGCCCUACGAGUCGGAUGGAGCAAAGCCGUCACGACAAGCGGUAGAGUUCUAUACGGAGAAGCUCUCGCUCUCGCUCCCCUUCGCCGCAUCGUAGCCAUCGUCGUCGAUCUCGGUCACGCUCUCGAUCUCCUUCGCGUUCACCCGACUAUGGGCGUUCACGUCAUAGCCGUUCCCGCUAUCAUGACGAAGACCGCCCUGGUACCCAAGGCUUCACAUCAAGUGACCAAGGAUGAAGAGGAGUUCAUUGAACUCGUCGCAGCAAUGACAAGGGCGCAUGGCAGAGCCUUUGAAAGCAACCUCAUGGAGAGGGAGCGAGAUAACCCGCAAUAUCAGUUUCUUCAUGCUCCACGGUCCGCGGCGGGAAAGUUUUAUGACGAGCUCCUUGAUCCAGAAUACUCCAGCCCUGAAGGAUUUCAAGACGAUGGGGAUGAUCAAGCUUAUUCAACCGACAACGAGGAAGUCAAGGAGGCGGAUUAUAUCGGCAAAAAUAAGCUUGGUUCGUUGGCUAGGAAGCGAUUCAAAGCUAUGCUACGAGCCAUGAGCGGAAAGAGGGGUGAAGUCGCUCGAUGCAUGGCAUUCUGCCUCGAGCAUGGCGAAGCCGCUCCAGAAGUUGCCAAUAUUGUCAUCGCCUCUUUGCUUGUCGACAGCACGCCCGUACCAAGAAAGAUUGCACGACUUCAUCUCAUCUCGGACAUCAUCCACAACUCUGCUGUGGCACUUCCAAGUGCAUGGAAAUUCCGGCAAGAGUUUCAGCAGCGUCUGGGCCUGGUAUUCGAUCAUCUUUCAACCAUCUAUCACUCCUUUGGUGGCCGAAUGACUGCAGAAACUUUCAAGAGACAAGUAGUUGCCGUCAUCGAUGUGUGGGACGAUCGCAUCGUGUUUCCUCCAGAAGAGACGUCUGUAUGGAAAGAUAGGCUGGAUGGGAAGCAGGCGACGAGGGAAGAGAAGGUCCAGGUAGAGGACGUGCCAGUCGUACAAGAAGCGCCGCAGGUGUCUCGAUUUAAAUCUGCUUUCAAACCUGUGACCGAUCCGGAUGGCGAGCAAGACAUGGAGUUGGACGAUGACGAAGAACCGCAAACAGCAGCUCCCGUACCCCAGGUUGAAGAACAGCCUGCGGAGGACGAAGAAAUCGAUGGUGCUCCGCUCGAGGAUGAUCUCGAUGGCGAGGAGCUGGCAGAGGACCUUGACGGCGCACCAAUUGAAGACCUUGAUGGUGCACCCUUGGAAGAAGAAAACCUCGACGGCGAUCCACUAGACCCGGAAGAUCUAUAG